AUGGCACAGUGUACAGAGUACCGCAACGUAUACACUGAUCGUGGACGCCUACGGUACAUACCCGAACAUCUUUUCGACUCCUCACGCGCCCGCCGCGGUAUCUUCCAAGGACGACAUCGACGACCGCAUCGCAUCCACAUCGCACACGUAGCCCCUGAUCCAACUCUACUCCGCUACCAGAGACGGAAGACGAACAAUAAAACACAAUUCACCGUAAAGCUGGCGGGCCCUCGAGACAGCGCCAAACGCUAUCUGCGGUCGUUUAUCGACACACAUUUCACCGCGCCCAGUCCAGACGCGAAAGAUAUUGUGCCUCCGCAAUCAACCGCCAACAGCAAUCAAGACGACGCAGCAGUUCCUCUCGCAGGCGGGCGAUCAUCUGCACCCGGCGAGAUGAGGUCCAGCCCAAGAAACUCCACGGGCAUCUUGGGUACACACGCGGUAUCGCUAGCUGCACAGGAUUCGCACCGUCCUGAGCUUAGAGAGACAUUCCAGUCCUCUAGAAGAUCAUCAGCGAAGAGCUUAGUCAAUAGCGUGAAACCCUUUUCGGAGGAUAAACCCGUUGCUUCUGGAGGAGGAGUCAACGUCAACAUCGUUCUCACAGAGCCUGUUUUGUUUCUCCGCGGCUUCGAACAAAAUGAAUAUUCUGAACGAAACACCGCGAUGCUUCGUGGAUCCCUGGUCUUGAAAAUUACAAAACCAACAAAGUUGAAGGCUGUCACGCUGAAAUUCAGAGGCAAGGCAUUAACGAAAUGGCCCGAGGGUAUUCCACCAAAAAAAGUAGAUUUCGAAGAAGUAGACAUACUGAUGAGCCACACAUGGCCGUUUUUCAAUGCUCAAUUCCCAAAUGCAGAAGCGGGUACUGGAGCACACCAAGUGGAGUUUUACAAGAACUCUGGAGGCAUGGGCGGUUCUCCGAACCCUUCCUCAACAAACCUGACAAUAAAAGAGGCGAAGCGGUUAUCGUUGGCAGUGAACCAAUCGCGAAGUUUUGGAAAAGGUGAAAGCCCUUCAGGCGGGCCGUCGGUAGCGCAAAAAGGUUACAGAUCCUUCAACGCUGGCGAGUACAUGUACAACUUCGAACUCCCGUUGGACAGCCAUCUCCCGGAAACAAUUGAAGUUGAUCUCGGCUCCGUCAAAUACGAGCUGGAAGCAACUGUUGAACGAGCUGGAGCUUUCCGUACGAACUUGGUCGGCACAAAGGAAGUCAAGCUCAUUCGAGCGCCAUCGGAAGGCUCCCUGGAGCAAAUUGAACCAAUUGCCAUAAGCCGCAGUUGGGAAGACCAGUUGCACUACGACAUCGUCAUCUCUGGCAAAUCUUUUCCUCUGGGUGCUCAAGUACCAAUUGCAUUCAAACUAACGCCCCUGGCCAAAGUACAAUGCCACCGGAUCAAAGUGUUUGUGACGGAGAACACUGAGUAUUUCUGCAACAACAAGCGGGUACACCGAAUGGAACCUGUUCGCAAAGUCCAGCUGUUCGAAAAGCGGGCAGAUGGUCCACCGACAAGUACUUUCCCUGGAAGCACAAUGAGAAUAGUCUCGGGAGGCGGCGUACCGUAUGACCAGAGAGCUGCCGCUUCCCGAGGCGAGGACGUGCAAGUGCAAGAUCCCACAAAUCUUUUAGGUAACCUUGCUGGGGAUGCAAACGUUGGUCCCACAGAGAUGGAAUUCAACGUGCAGCUACCUAGCUGUCAUAACAUGCGGGGGGACAAAGACAAGCAGUCGAAGUUGCACUUCGAUACAACAUAUCAGAACAUUCAAGUACAUCAUUGGAUAAAGCUCGUCAUGCGCCUGUCAAAACCCGAUGCGGUUGACCCCACGAAAAGACGACAUUUCGAGAUCUCUAUAGAUUCUCCAUUUCACAUUCUCUCUUGUCAGGCCACACAAGCGAACACGGCAUUACCUGCGUACUCUGGCGCUGAGCCGGCUCUUAAUGGAGCGCAUGUACCCGAAUGUGGCUGCCCGAAUGCAGCCGCCCGGCGCACGUCGCCAAGUGGCUUUGUUCCAACAUUGGACUCACUCGCCCGCUCAAGGGGUAAUUCGAAUGCUUCCGUACCACCCCCUAGCCUUGCACGUCCUCAAGCAGCGCACAUUGGCGGCCCAAUCAACUCCAACGUGCAACGACCGAUCCAUCUCAUGCGAGUACCAUCGUUUAACCCCCCAGCUUUCUCUGACGAAGAGCCACCGCCACCUUUAGAGACACCACCCCCUCUUUACGAGACUAUUGCUUCACCAACGAGUGGUUUGGCUGACUACUUUUCACGCUUAUCAGACGCGUAUGACGAAGAUAGCGAUCACGAACGGAACGACCGCGGGCGUGUCGAAAUUCCUCUGACGCCUGGAGGACGCACGAAUCGGAGCAUGGAUGAGCGCAGGACAUGGUUGCCGGUUGGAUAUUAA